AUGCCUUCCCCUUCCCCUCCUCUCCCUUCUUCCCCAUCUCAUCAACAACAGGCCCUCGAACCCAUCAUCUCGAAACAAAUCAUGGAACUCCACCACAAAAAGCACCACCAAACCUAUGUGAACAACCUCAACGCGGCCCUCGCCUCUCAAGCCUCCGCUCUCGACAGCAACGACAUCACCCAGCUCAUCAGCAUCCAACAGAAACUCAAGUUCAACGGCGGCGGCCACAUCAACCACUCCCUGUUCUGGAAGAACUUGGCUCGUUACGACUCCCCGGCCACUAAGCUGGAGCAAUCCGCCCCGACUCUCAAAGACGCUAUUGAGAAGCAGUGGGGAUCAGUCAAGAACUUCACGGAUGCUUUUGAGGCAGUUCUGCUGGGCAUCCAGGGCAGUGGGUGGGGCUGGCUGGUGAGUUCGGGGAAGAAGGGAUUCCUCGAGAUUGUUACGACGAAGGAUCAAGAUCCGGUGACGGGGCCGAUUCCGGUGUUUGGGGUUGAUAUGUGGGAGCAUGCUUAUUAUUUGCAGUACCUGAACAACAAGGCUUCCUAUGUGCAGAACAUCUGGAAGGUGAUUAACUGGGAAGAAGCAGAGCAUCGGUACCUGAAUGGUACGGAUGAAUUGGGUUCGUUGAAGUUGUAG